UUUAAAAAUAAGUAGAUUUCCUUAACAGGACCCUGCUCCAAAUUUGCUUGGUGAUGUGAAAGUGAAUUUUCCGCCUAGUUCUGGCAUUUCCAGCCGAUGGCCCAGCUGACAGGACACGCUCCCAUAGCCAGGCUCAUAGCCUAACUUCUGGUGUCAGAUGCAAAUUAUGGUGACUUUUGCCUUUACAAAGGGCAAGAUCAAGUCCUUAAGUGAGGCUCCCAAAGUACAUACAGCACCCUUCCAGACCCAGCUCCACAGCAGCAUGGCAUGCACAGUACUGGUCUUGUUGGAGGACAUUUGUUCUGUAAUGCUGGAGUGAUUUAUACCAGUAGCAAAGAGCUGAAAGUGCUUAGACGGCAAUUAAAUAUAAACAUGCUAAUUUCUCGACAGGCUAACUAUGUAGUUCUCAUCCAGAGAAAACUGUCACCCAGUCAACGCUGCAAAGAUGAUAUAAUCGGAAUUUAUGUAGCAGUGAUGUGUGGUGACUCAUGUAGGUAAAAAGGAAGAUUGGGUCAUAUGUUUAACAAACACGUUUCUAUCAAGAAUAAAGAAUGUUAGGCAGCCUUGACCCAUUUCAACUCUUUUCCAUGAUUCUAAUGGGUUAUAUUUGCAAUUAUUAGGAGCUUUCCAACUCAAAGGAAAUGCUAAACAAUUAUUUGUAGGUUUUGCUGGGUGCAAAGAGAUAAGAAUAAAACUUCCCUAUUUAGUUUUAGUUACCACCUCUGACUGUCACUGCAUGGAGGCACCAGGCAGGCAUUGUUUUAGAAAGUGUGGCUGCUCAGCAGGCCCUCUCGGCUCACUAGCUCCUAUUUGGGAAGAGCAGAGGGAGGCAGGAGCUACUGAGCUAGCUCUGUGCGAAACUGGGAAAGGAGAGUGGGUCAUAAUAAGAACUAGAAUAAUCUCAUUUACCACCAUGAUAAACAGGAUGGUGGCAGAUACAGUCAUGCUGGGGCCAUUUCAACACACUCGUAAAAGUCCUUAUUUCUGAAGGUCCACAUUUGUGAAAGUCCCUGUUGGUGAAGUCCCCAAAUGUCUGCAUUGGGGAAGACCCAUGUUUGUGAAGUUCCAUGUUUAUGAAGGACCUUCCAUGUUUGUGAAGGUCGCAUUUUUGAAAGUCCCCAUUGGUGAAGGUCCAUGUGGUUGAAGAUUCGUGUUUGUAAAGGUCCAUGUUUCUGAAGGGCCCCAUUGGUGAAGGUCCAAGUUUAUAAAGGUUCCUGUUGGUGAAGGUCCUUGUUGAUGAAGGUCCAUGUCUGUGAAGGUCCCCAUUGGUGAAGGUCCGUGUUUCUGAAGGUCCUAUUGGUGAAGGUUUAUGUUUGUGAAGGUCCUUGUUGGCAAAGUUUCAUGUUUGUGAAGGUCACUGUUGGUGAUGGUCCCUGUUAGUGAAGGUCCUGAUUAGCAAAGGUUCAUGUUUGUGAAGGUCCCCAUUGGUGAAGGUCCCAUUGGUGAAGGUCCUCAUUGGCGAAGUUCCAUGUUUGUGAAUGUCCCUGUUUGUGAAGGUCCUCACUGGCAAAAGUUCAUGUUUGUGAAGGCCCCUUUGGUGAAGAGCUAUGUUUGUGAAGGUCCUCAUUGGUGAGGGUUCCUGUUUGUGAAGGUCCUCAUUGGCAAAGGUUCAUGUUUGUGAAAGUCCCCAUUUGUGAAGGUCCCUGUUGGUGAAGGUUCAUGUUUUCGAAGGUCCUCAUUGGUGAAGGAAGGUACUUGUUAGUGAAGGUCCUCAUCAGUGUGCAGGGCAGGAACGGGAAGGGUGAUGAACAUUCUUCUUUUCAUGUGUGCCUAUAAGCAGAUGUUCAUCUACAUACUUCCUGGAUUUCUUUUUCCCCCAGGGAGAUCAUAUAACAAGAGCCUCUGAGGCACACGGAUAUAUGAGGAAAGAGGAGGGAGAUGGAAGGACUCAUGGAGCAUGCUGCUGUCAGUGCUGUGCUGUCUGUGUGGAGCUGCCUGCCCCAACCAGCACUGAAGUGUAUCCAGUAUGCAGAUUCUUUGAGCAGCACCACGGUGUUUUACAUACUUUAUAUUUUUAUAGGUAUUUUAUGAAGCACUUCAGAAAGCUUUCAUGAAGCCCAGGUUUAAGUUGAUGACCUUAAAUUACAUUAAGUCCCAAAAAUUAUAUGAAGAAAAUCUAUUCUGUCAAGAGGCUGGCCAGAAUGAUAACUGUAAUCUCCAUCUGUGCCAUCAGCUUCCCAGAUGAGCCAUGGCCAGGGCCCUUCCUCUAAGCUUCCUGGGACUCCAUGGAUGCAUGGGACUUCUGGGCAGCAGUCCCUCAUCUUUCUGUACCACUUCAGCUGCAGUGAGAAGAAGUUAAGGGAACACUGCAUAUUGGAGCCUCACAUAGUUUUCUUUGUCCUGCACUAUGCUUUUCAAAAAAGGUAAAUAAUUGCCAACAUGUAAAAAUUGAGAAGGUUCACAUUAAAAAUAGAUUCUGGCUUUCAAAAAUCACUGAGUUUGGAUUCACGCUGUCUUGGAUAACAGACAUCAACUUCUUCUUUUUUUUUUUUUUCUGAGAUGGAAUCUUGCUCUUGUCACCCAGGUUGGAGUGCAAUGGCACAAUCUCGGCUCACUGCAACCUCUGCCUCCUGGGUUCAAAUGAUUCUCCUGCCUCAGCCUCCUGAGUAGCUGGGAUUACAGGCAUGCACCACCACUUCCAGCUAAUUUUUGUAUUUCUAGUAGAGACAGGGUUUCGCCAUAUGGGCCAGGCUGCUCUCGAACUCCUGAACUCAGGUGAUCCGCCCGCCUCAGCCUCCCAAAGUGCUAGGAUUACAGGUGUGAGCCACUAUGCCCAGCCCAGACAACAGCUUCUAAAAAGUCGUCUAUAAAUUGAUGGAUAAUGCAACCUUAGAUCAAAGAGUUUAAUUGCUGACACUGCUUCAGCUAUAAGCAUUAGCAGAAAGUAAAAAAUAGGUACUUUUGAAGGGGUUCAGAGUAUGAUGCUCCAAAACAUGCUGUUGUAGUAAAGGGUUUAUUUUGAGCUAAAGACAGUUGAGAAAGAGCAGACACGAUGGCGCUGCGAGCGGCGCGGAGCGUGCGGGUGGUGCUCUGCACCCUGCGCGCAGUCCAGUCACCUGCCGCGUCCUGCAGGCCGAGGCCCUGGCAGCUGGGGGCGGGCGCGGCCCGGAAGCUGCGCAAGGGAUCUGCUCUGCUUUUGGUGCGUAAAUUCACAGAGAAACAUGAACGGAUAACAACAGAAAAUGGUAUUGGAACAGUGGGAAUCAGCAAUUUUGCACAGGAAGCGUUGGGAGAUGUUUACUGUAGUCUGACUGACGUUGGGACAAAAUUGAAUAAACAAGAUGAAUUUGGUGCUUUGGAAAGUGUGAAAGCUGCUAGUGAACUUUAUUCUCCUUUAUCAGGAGAAGUCACCGAAAUUAAUGAAGCUCUUGCAGAAAAUCCAGGACUUGUAAACAAAUCUUGUUAUGAAGAUGGUUGGCUGAUCAAGAUGACACUGAGUAACCCUUUAUAACUAGAUUAACUUACUAGUGAAGAAGCGUAGGGAAAUACAUAAAAUCUAUCGAGGAGUGAAAAUGGAACCGCUAAAUAAACCAGUUAUGAUUUAAUGCAACCCAACAGAGUUGUCUUAAAUUAGUGGUGGGCAGAAGCCUUAGAACAGCAACUUUUAGCAUUACCGAUGGGGAAAAAACUGUUCACCCUGCUAAUGAAAGCAAUGCCCUUUAACUUUCUAAUGAUUAUACAUACACAUAAUACAUGUCUUUUCCACAAUAUCCUAUGAUUUUUAGACUAGGCUUUAGUAUUCAGUAUUCAUGAAAUUAUACUUGUUGAAAACUAGUUAUAAAAAUUACAUAAUUCAGAGAUAAUGUUGUUAUUCUUAAGCCUUAUAUGAUGUUGUAACUUGUGUACAUCCAUAUUUGGAUUUGGGGUGAAAUACUUAAUGAUCUGUCCACUGGAAAUAACUGGGAGUGAAGGAGUGUUUGUUGCUUGUACAGUGUCAGAUGAAGAACAACACUAUCUUAAUUUUGCAAUACACUGCAUUUGCUGGUGCUAUUUUGAUACAGUGAAACAACAGCUUUGCAGCAAAAUAAUAAAAUACUUCUUCGAAAAAAACAAAAAAGAAAAAAAAAAGCAGACACAGGAUGAGCCCUUUGCCCUCCCUCUCUCUGCCGGAAAAGUAAAAUGCAAAUUCCCCUUGAAAAGGCGCCCCUCCCCCUUCCUGUGCCAAGAGGGGAAGAAAGACCUUAACAUUGGAGAUGCGAUGGCACCCAGAAAGAGUCUAGACAAACAAACCCCCUAACUAGCACUUAUUGUCCAUUAGCUUCCCUGCAGAUUUGCCUCCCUAUGAUUGGCCAAUCCUAGAAACCCAGUUUUUUCCUUUGUCUUGUUACCUCUCUGCAAAUGUAUUGUCCUUUGUCAGGAUGCCACAUAAGCCCACAAUGUAACCACUCCUUUGAGUUACUCACCUCUGAGUGCCCCGUGUGAAUACCCAGUGCUUAUGUUAACAAACUUCUCUUCAUUUCCUCUUGCUAAUCUGUCUAAUUUGCAGGACCCCAUUCAAUGAACCUAAGAUGAGUAGAGGAAGAAAAAGAAUAGUUUUUCCUUCCCUACAGUUUCUUGUGAAAUAUUCUUUUGUUGAGCAACUGACUUGGAAAUUUUGAUACUUCCAGAUUAAAGGUAUUCCUUAUGUGCAAAGAAAUCCAGAUGAUUAUUGUUAAAGAAGUGUUAAAUGCAUUGAUUAAAUUAUGUUGUUUUAUAGAUCUUAUUCAUCACAUUAAAGGUUUUGAAAGAUCGAUAAGUGUUCGUUUAGGUAAACAGAGAAGAUAGAUGUUAAUAACAAUUCACUUAUUAAACGGAUUCUGUUAUGUUCUUAAUUUAAAUGUAUCUUCUUCAAAAUAACCCUUAAGGAUCAGAAAAUCAUAAUGCAUUAAAAAAGUAAUUAAGGGCCAGGCGCAGUGGCUCAUGCCUGUAAUCCCAGCACUUUGGGAGGUUGAGGCAGGUGGCUCACCUAAGGUUAGGAGUUGGAGACCUGCCUGGCCAAUAUGGUAAAACCCUGCCUCUACUAAAAAUACAAAAAAUUAGCUGGUGUGGUGGUGGGCACCUGUAAUCCCAGCUACUCGGGAGGCUGAGGCAGGAGAAUCACUUAA